AUGGAUACAUUGAAAGAUGUACCAGAGUUUUUCGAAACUCAGCUUGAUGAGUCUUUAGUUGCCAGGACCGAAAGUUUAGGUUCUUUUCGUGAACUUGGUCCUCCUGACCUAUGUCAUAUUACGAAAGCUAAUGCAAAACCCGGUGUAAAGGAGGUUGGUUCUUACCAUUAUGUUUCUGGGGUUGAUGCCUCUUCUUCUGCUACUUUAGCUGCAUAUCUUAAUUCAUUAACAUACGCAUUGGAAGAAAACCAUGCUUGGUUUACUAAAUCAUCUGCUUGGAGAAUACGUUCCGGAGUUUAUUGCUGUUUUAAUGCGUUCUCACGUGUGGAUGUACGUGUAGAAGUCAAAAUUCCUGGUGGAGUGGAAAGUUAUGUUGUGGAUUUACGUGGCGAAAAACAUGAGGCAACUCCAGAUACUUGGCAAGAGACCUAUAUUUCUGCUCUUUUACGUUCUAUACUUUACUCAGACGAUGUCAAUUAUCGAUUGGCUGGUUUCCGCAAAUUGGAUCCCAUCCCUAAUGUCGAAGCGGAAGCUCAUUUCUUAGAGGCAGCGGAGCAACUUUUCUUUAAAGGAUGGCAAUUGGGUUCUGAUCCUGAAAUACAAGUUGCCACUGUUGUCAGUAAUCAUUUAACUGCUGGAAUCAUGAAAUAUUUCAGUGAAAAUUUUAGAUAUGAACACCCUGAAGUAGCGUCGUUGUUAGCCCAGUCAUAUAUUGGAAUGGAUGAGGAAAUAAAGGCGGUUAAAAAGUUAUAUGAAGCCUUAAAGAAAAACCCGAUGAGUUACGCACUUUUACAUGUUCAAGCGGAUUUCUUAUUAAGCAAGGGUAAAACUGAUUAUGCGCUUAAACUUGCAAAACAAGCGGUAAAUUGUGCACCUUCAGAGUUUGUAACUUGGGCGAAAUUAACAGAAGUUUACAUUGAGCUCAGAGAUUACGAAUCGGCGGAUGUCGCGCUUUUACGUCUUCCUGCGCCAUCCCUUCGUGGUACUUUUGCUAAAGCAUAUUCACUGUUGACAAGUUUGGUAGCGAAGAUCGGAUGGGAUGAACUAUUAAAGUGUCGAUCAUCUGUUUUUGUAAUGGAAGAAGAAUACCGUAUGCAGAAGGCGGCAGAAGAAGAGAGGAAAAAUCAAAACACAGUUAUCGAUCUACCACCACCUCCUCAAGAACAAAAAAAUAAAACAGAUGUUGUCACAAAUGUAAAUACCGAUGAUGUAAAUGAUUCAACACAGUCUGUGCCUGCAAUCACUAUAUCUGAGGAUUCAAACGGUGAUGGUUCAGAGGAUACGAAAGAAAAAAAAGUAGAAAACGCACAUGAGGUAAACAGUGAAACGACCAAUGACCGAGAGGUAAAAGAUGAUGAUAUAAACGAAAAAGAAAAUUCCAACUUGAAUGCUGUUGAAGAACGUUCACUUGAAUCUGAAAAUAUGGAGGAAGUUAAUUUGGAUGACGAGAAAUCCAAUCCAAACAAUAAAUCUAGGACAGCUCCAGUAAUAGAAUUUAAGGGUCCUGAACUAGAAAAGCCUUUACAAGCAGCCAACGAAGAAAAAAAUGAUAAUCAAAGUAUACAUGAUGAACAAUCCAAGGAUGUUUCAGCAAAGAAAGAUUAUUCAUUCUCAUUUAAUAAUAAAAGGUUGUGCGAAAGGUUCGUAGAUUUGAGAGUAUAUACUGUUUGGCGUUCCGAAGUUUCUCAUUAUAAAGCUCAUCACAUGUCUUAUCGCAAAACGGGUACAGAAUGGGAAAUAUUAGGUGAUUUGGCAGCGCGUUUGCAUCAUAAGGAUGAUGCAAAAGAGGCUUAUCAACGUUGUCUUGAACAUAAAUUCUCAGCAAAGGCUUGGUUGAGAUUAUUGGAAUUCCAUGCGGAAGAAGGUGAUGUACAUCGUGCUUUAUUGGCCGUUGUAAAAUUAACGGUUUACCACGAGCGAUGGUAUCACGAGAUAGUUUACCCAACUGCUAUCGCUCAUAAUCUUAAUAAAUUAAUCCGAUCCGAAGGUUUAUCGAAAGUUCGUAAUAACUUAAUUUCAAUGAAUUUGUCACAUUCGGUAGACAAAUUAGUAUCAAGAUAUCUGGAUUUUGCUAAUACGUUUAAAAUCCCCGGAUCUAAUUUCUAA